UGUGGCGGCUUGUUUGGGCAGUUUGGCCGAUAUGUUUUGAUUAGUACCUUCUAGAUUGCUGACAGUAUCACUUCUCGGUCAAAAUGGUGUCAAAUUUAAAUGUCCGCCCAAUAUCUGAGGUAUUGGAAGAAAAAGCGCGAGUCGAGUUGUCGGAAGAUGAAAAGCAGAUUCCCAGUGAAUUGGAAACUAUUCGAGCAUGGCUUCAACAGUGUCAGCACAUCCGGGGGCGAACCGACGAUCAGUUGCUGUUGGGAUUUUUGAGAGCCUGUAAACACAGUUUGGAAAAGUUUAAACAAAAAAUGGACACCUACUACUCGAUACGAUCUGUAUUACCGGAAGUUAUGGCCAAUAGAGAUCCAAUGGAUCCUUUCAUAAGAAAAGUCAUCAAAAUGGGGGUUUCAGUGCCACUACCGAAAACGGUCAAUCCGAGCGAUCCGAAAAUUAUGCUGAUUCGAGCGGCUGCCUUUGACGGGGAUUUCUGCGAUUUUCCAGAUAUUCUCAAGGUCUAUACUAUGAUAGGCGAUUUGCUGUUUCGAGAUGACGAUCAGCUUGUCAUUUGCGGAGAAGCGGCCAUCAUAGAUCUGGGCAACUCGUCCAGUGGACACUUUUUCAACUUUAACCUAUCGUUCUUGAAAAAGGCGGCAAUUCUGAACCAACAAGGUUGUCCACUGAGACAGAAAGGAUUCCACUUCAUCAACACCCCCACAGGGUUCAAUAUUGUUAUAAAUCUGUUCAAAAGUCUCAUGACCGACAAAAAUCGCGAAAAAACCAUCAUUUCACAUGGUUCCAGUCUGGAAUCGUUACACAAAUACUUUCCCAAGUCCAUACUGCCAGAGGAAUAUGGAGGUGAACUUGGGCCAGUUCAACAGUACGUGAAUGAAUGGGAGCAUAGACUGAUCGAUAACCGGGACUAUUUGAUGGAAGAUCAAAGUCUCGGAGUGGAUGAAUCCAAGCGGAGGACAAAAAAUCCCAUUAUGGAGGGAAACGAUAUGUUCGGAACGGCUGGAUCGUUCCGGAAACUGGAACUAGACUGAUUUUCUAGAGGAUUGCGUACAACGAAUUUGUGUUCAUUUGAUUGUAGUGUCACUAAGCUGUUGAGUAUGCUUCAUUAAGCAAAUUGCACUUUAGAUAGGUUUGAUGAAGGUUUGAAGUUUUACUUAAAUUUUUUUGUUUAUGUUACGUCAAAGAUGCAUAAUGUUAUUAUGCCGUAAUUUUAUACUGUUGUUACUGGAUCAACAAACA